UUGAGUUGAUGUUUGACUGGUUAUUGGAGGAAGACAUUUCAGAGUAAGUACAGAGGUUAGGGGGUCAGGUCUUUCGUUGAAGCCCGGGAUCUGUUUUCGAUGCCGUGGCCCAGCGAUGGGAUAUGUCCAACUUCUCGUGAAUAGCAGUGCUUUAGAGCAUGUACAGAGUCCUUUCCUCCUGCGAACGGGAGCCCACAACUUCACGUCCCCGACCCUCAACUACGUAUGGUCUGGGGGAAAGGCUUCCUGAUGGGAAUUCAAAGCUGGUGUCUUGGACAUGCCCCUUUUGGAGAAGUUAAACACCACCGGUGACUUUUGAGGCAUGGAUGGAUGCUUGCUGUCUUAACGCUGCCAGAUUCCGUGGCGGGUAUACAGUGAGGCUUCUCAUUUUUAAGGGGUGACCUCAUGGAGGAGGAACUUUUGGGCCUGCGUGGACAUGAUGUCGGGGAGCUCGGGGCGAAGUGAGGUGUCUGGCCUUUACCAUGAGCGGCAGCGCCUGGAACUGUGUGCCGUCCAUGCCCUCAACAAUGUCCUCCAGGAGCGACUCUUCACCCAAGAGGCGGCUGAUGAGAUCUGCAAGAGGCUUGCCCCAGACGCGAGGUGGAAUCCCCACCGCAGCUUCCUGGGCACGGGAAACUACGAUGUCAACGUCAUCAUGGCGGCCCUGCAGAGCGUCGGGCUGGUAGCCAUCUGGUGGGACAAACGCAGGCCACUGGAACAGCUGUCCCUGGAAGGGGUUCUUGGCUUCAUCGUCAACGUCCCGUCCAACGUCUCCUUGGGCUUCUUGUCCCUUCCCAUGAGGCGCCGGCACUGGAUCGCCGUGCGUCAGCUCGACGGCACCUACUACAACCUCGAUUCCAAACUCAAGGCUCCCGUUCCGAUCGGCGGGGAAGCUGAGCUCAGGUUAUUCCUCCAAGAGGUGCUUUCUCAGGGUCCCUGCGAGUUGCUACUGGUUGUGCCCCAUGAGGCAGAAGAAGCCGGGAGCUGGCUAAGCACCGUCAAGUGAACCUUGGCACCAAAGAAAGCCAUCUGCACCCAGAGCCAUCUGCUGUACCCCACUCCUUACGAUGGCUGCAUGUGACGUGGGGAGGAGGGGGCAGCGCACUCCCGUCGCACUGCCAGUCUCGGAGCUGACUUCCUGAAAUCCAUCUUCCCUCUCCUCCAGGAUAUAAGGGCCUCCCCUCUCCCCGGCUUUCCCUUGCUUUUCAAAAACUCGGCCUGUCCUGGGAUAGUACGGAAUAAAGGCUGCAGUACAAAAUGGUGGAGGGUCUCCUCCUGGCACAUUGAAUUAAGCGAUAAGAAUAGCCACGCUGGGUCUUCCAAUAGUGACCUCUUUGGGGCGAGGAGUUCGCAAGCAGGGCGUGGGGGGCGAUAACCCAACCCGGCCGGUCCUCAGAGUGUGUCGGUCUGCGGUAUCAACGUGCGUCUGGAUGCAGAGGUUGCGUUUGUAGGUGUCACGGCCCGUCGUCCCUGGCAGACCUCUUCUUUGCAUAUUUUUUAUAAAAGCUGUUUCUGCUGAUGCAUGAAAAGUUCCACGGCCCAAGCAAGAACUUCCUUCCUUUAUUAUGAUCUGUUUGUUUGCCUUGAACCUGCUGCCCGCUCCUUUCAGGGCUGACACCCGACAAAGUGUUUCGAGAGAGGUUUUUGAGUGAGGCCGGUCUGAACAAGUUUGGGGGAAAGCGGGAGCACUACGAGUUGGCCAGGCGUCUUUGGGUUUAUAGUGGUGGAGGGCACUUGAGCAGUCAACACAGGAAUCAAGCCGUAAGUGAGGGGACUGUCCCACUCGGCUUUCUAGAAGUCUGCCCGUUACCACAGGUCAGAAUGGCAUUUGCAGGGGAUGCUCGACGGCUGGCCGCUGAGAAAAUGGGAUCAAGGAGAGGUGUGGAGAAGUUACAAGUGGAGCAGGAUAAAGGGAGAUUAUUAUUAUUAUUCUAGGAUUGGGAAGGAAGAAGCCAUCUGAUAAGGUGCUAGCUUGAGGUACGAGGGAGACAAGGGUCAUGGGGAGCUGGGAAUCGAGAGUCUACUGAGCUUGUGUCCAAGCAGUGGAACUCAGAUCCACAGAACCCAAGACCCCCCCAGGCAAAGCUUUUGUGGAGAAAAGCUGCAUGUGCUGAAUUUUUAUCUGUUGUGCAGCUGUUUGGGGUUUUUUUUAAGUAUAAAAACUCCCAAAGGGUUAAAAAUAAGUUGGCUACUCUCGUGAACCAUAUAAGCGAGAGAGUCUUCUACUCCCCCCCCCCCCCCGGUAAGGAAAAGCAGGAUUCUAGUCCUCAUGAGGAGGGAACUCGUGGAAACAGGUGGGGUGGUGUCUCGUGAAAGGUCAGAAACCAGCAUGGAGGUUGGGCCAGGGCUUCUGUCGUGUGGUCAGGCAGUGGGCUUUGGGUGCAGUGCUGAGCUCCGUACGCCAGGCCUGUGACUUCUGUAUCUUUUGGCUGCCUGCGCACCCCGCUACACGCCUCCUUCCUGGAAAAGAACUCAACCCGACCUUGAAGCUCUUUGCAAAGCUGAAAUGCAAAACCAAAUAAAGUGUGUGCCAGCCUUUUGUGGCUCAUUGUUGU